ACAAUUGCACCAUUUGUCACAGACAUGGCACGUUUAAGGGAAAAGUUGUCAGUUCUUCUGGCCAUCAUGAUGAUGACAAUGAUGCUAAAAACUACUGGUGUGGAAUGCGGCUCGAAUCUUCUUUGGAAGAAGGCUUCCAAUGGAGGACUACCUGAUUAUCCCGUAGCCGGUGGAUCAGAUUAUCCAGGAGAGGUACUUUACGUUGCAAGAAUCAGACUAGGCAGUGACCAAACGCCUGGGAAAAUGGACGUAUCCAACAGGAAGGCGCAUGCAUCAUGGGGAGGACGUGAACACAGUGAUACCCAAUACGAGAUCCUUACCAACCCCGGAUGGAGAUCUCAUUUGGAGUGGCAGGCGAGUGGCGGAUACCAAGCCCCUGCCAAUGCAGUAUUAGGUGGUUACGACAACGGCAGGCCAGUGUAUGUUGCAAGGGUGAGGUACCCAGACGGUCACAUGAUUCCUGGAAAAGCAGCGUUUUUCUAUGGAAAGGCGUAUGUUGGUUAUGGCGGGAAGGAAUAUGAAUCAACAAAAUUCGACGUGCUGGUUGAACACCAAAGCAAGAAAAGAAAGAGAGAUGUGUCUUCUCGUUUUGAUUACCCUAAUUUGCCGAACGUCAAGCCACUGAAGCGUGCUCCAAUCAUUGCACAGUGAAAAGUGCAUGAGUCUUAAAUGGGAAGAUAUUGAAAACUCAAUAGUUGAUUUUCAUAUCCGUUAUGUAGAUUAGAUUUGUUCAAUAAGACUUGUAAAACACAAAUAUGGGGCUAAAAUAAACAAUAUUGGUGAGAAAGGAAAACUU